CACAAUGAGUUAUCUAAAAGAGUCACGAGAAAGAAAAAAAAUGAAACCCACGUUUGAGUUAGUUACAACGGUUUUAUGUUAAAAACGUUUCCACAGCCAUGUGAUGCAUCUUCAAGCUUAAAGACUGUGUAUCUCGUUCUUGUAAUGGAAACCUCGGCCAUGAAAACGAUUUUCUUGGUUCUGAGUUUGUCUUUGUGUCUUUUUCUUUCAAGCUUGCAUGAGGGUUCUUGUCAGGAUGAUGGUAGUGGUUUGAGUACUUUGGAUCUAAUCGAACGUGAUUAUCAAGAUAGUGUCAAUGCUCUUCAAGGCAAGAAAGAUGAAGAUCAGUCUGCAAAGAUACAGAGUGAAAACCAGAAGAACAAUACAGUGACUGAUAAGAACACUAUUUCCCUGUCUUUAUCAGAUGAAUCUAAGGUUAGGGUUUAGCUUGUGUUGUCUCUUUAGGUUUAGAUUUGGGUUCUGAUGAGUGAAUCUGCCUCAAAAAAUUUUUGCAAAGUUGUUUAUAUUCUAAGAAUAAGGUGACGUUUAGUCUAUGUUAUGCCUGUUUUAAGGUUGGAUCUAGUAGUGAUGAAAAUGUUAAACGUUGGAGCCUGUUGGAUCAAAUCGAACUUGAAUUCGAAGCUCAUCUCAAUAGUCUUAACCAAGCUGGA